AUGCGACUACCGAGACCCGAGCGCCAGAUAGCUGAUGCGUUAGACGAUGUCCAGCAGGGCAAAGCCGACAACGACGACAACGAUACUCUGAGCGAGCACCACCGUCGGCCAGCGCCAACCCCAAGUGUCGUCUCAACCGCGCACCACGGCGCAGACGUCGAGGACACCGCCACGCUCCACGCUCCCCCAUCGCCCUCGGUCUACUCCGUUUCGAUCAUCACCCGCGACACAUUCGACCGCUUCGGCGAAGACGACCUCAGCACCACCGACCUCUUCCAUCGCUACCCCUGCUCGCUGAUGGUGCACGAUGCGCGCAUGGCGCUGAAAGACCUGCACCACGCGCGCCUCACGCUGCCCCCCGACUCCCCAGACGCUAUACUCGCCAAGGAUACCAUGCGGCGCCUACUGGAAGCCUUUGAGCACGAGCACGAGUUCGGCGAGGACGAGGGUCUGGAGGAGCCGGUCACGGAGCGGUGUGGGCGUGGCACGCACAAGCCGUUUACGUGGACGGCGGACAAGAGGCUGUUGAAAGAGGCGAGGGGUUGGCGGAGAGGCAGAGGAGGCCCGAGGGGUGGGAGGAGGGGAUGCGUGAGAUGA